CCGCCCCUCCCUGCUGAGCAACUACUAAAAAUGGAAUGGAAUAGCUGCCAACCUGGUUUCAGGUCCCAUUGACAGACUCACUCAAGUUGGUGCCACAAGCAUUUUGUCUCGCUUGACAGUGGUUGUCCUGCUGAUAGACGACGUGUGCGAGAAUUUGUCAACGCCAGCUCACAGCCGCAAAGCCAGAUAAUUUCUCAAAAAAGCCGAUUCCAAAAUGCCAUGGUUUUCUCUGCGUAGUGGUGUUAAUUUAUCCAUCAUCUUUUUAUACUUCUGCUUUAUAUCUAACUUGGCUGCAAGCACAAAGACAGAAAAUAAGAAAGAAGAACGAGUUGUUGUAAUGGCAACCGCAGAGCUCCCUGCAAAAUUGGUUGAUCUGGCAGCGAUGAACCUCACAGGGAUGGUGAAUGGCAUGCUAAACACCGCUCUCAGAGGAACUAAAGAAUUCUUCUCUUUGCUGAGCAUUGUAUCUUACAGUUCAUAUGCCUUCCACAAAGUGUCCAUUGUCCUCUACAACAUAUCCAGCUUAAGGAACAUAGAUUCUACCAAGUUCUCCACACGGUACUGCUAUUGCUUAAGCAACAGGACUAACGACUUAACAGAUUUUACAGCACUGCUGGUGGACAUUGUGGGAAACUCCACCAGUUAUCUUACUGAGAUUUUCAAGUCAACUUCCAUUGUGUCAGUGAGCCAGAGCAAUGAUACAGAUUGCAUCUACAUUUGCGUCAUGUCAGGACGAAUAGGCAGAAAUCUUACAGACUUAUGGGAAGCCAUAGAGAAGUCUCCUAUAGUCAACUACACUUUUUCCGGGAACAUAUCAGAUUUCUUGGCUCCAAAGUUGCCUAGCUGGACACAGACUGAUACCUUGAAAGAAGACCUGUUGUUGACAAAGCAGUCAAAUUGGCUGAAGCCUGGAAAAGCAGAAGGAUCUGAAGUUCCAGUGGUACAAGCUUCCUGGUGGCCAAAGACCAAUGCUUCCAAAGAAUCUGGUGCUCCAUCUGCUGAAACAACCUUGACGAGGUCUUCUCCUGCUUCCAUAGAAAACUACAGCACUUCAUCAAGGUUUCUGCCAGCUCAUACCGCAAGAAUACCUUUACAAGCUAAGACCAUUGUUGUGAAAGAGGAUGAAGCAGUCCCUCAGCAGUUCACAAUAUGGCAAAACUCUGCUACUUCUAAAAGUUCUCCAGGUCCUUCUGCCCUGAUCUCAUCUUGGUUGCAGACAAAUACUUCAACAGGAUGGGACCUUUCUCCCACCCAACCAUCUAUAUCUUCAGCUCCUUUGAUCCAGUCAGACUUUCUGUCUAAGACCCGGCCAGGACCAACAAUGGGUGUUCCUUCUCCGUUGGUUUCUCCAUCUACAGAAGAAAAACCAGUUGCCUUGAAGACCCGUCCUCCUUUUAUGACAGGAAACACAGUCUUACCUGCCCUUGUGACACAAAGGCCUAACAGUGACAGCUUAUCAAAGGUGAAUUCUAAAUGCACACAGGUCAUCAAAAAAGGCAGUUUGGGGACUGUGCCACCCCUCACAGUUCAAAAGCUGAAUCCUUGCGUGAUGGAGCUGUGCAGGUUUUAUCAGCGGUGCUUCUGUACCAGAGAUCGGAGCUACUCGAGGGAUCACGCUAUGAGGUACUGUGUUGAAAACUAUCCAUGGUUCUUUAAAAAUGCAGCCUUUAUUUGUGAAAAGGUCAAGAGAUCAACUUAUUCUAAGACAUUGAAACAGAAGUGCCUUAAGUAUAUUUGUAAAGCCAUCUGAUUCUCCAAGAGGAAUUGUUGAGCACAAGCAAACAUGGAAGAAAUCCAUAGGUUUAUUCCAUUGUCCAGUACAAGAAACCACACACACACACACACACACACACAACUAACAGAAGAGGAAGAAGAGGAUUUUCCUUGGAUGGCAGGAUCUUCUUGCUUGCACACUGAUUAAACAAAAAGUUAAUAAUGAAUAGAAGGUGACAUUCACAACAAGAACCUUCCCUGAAACGAAAAGUUGUAAUAAUUAUUGUUAUGUUUCCUAAAGAAUGUUCCCUAGUUUGUUAGUGAAUGUAAAUCAGUGGAUUCUUAAG